UUAUGACAUAAAUAUGACAUGUGUUGACAGAUACCUGAAUACAUACGUACAUUUCAACAUUUACAGUACAAAAACUCCACUAAAAAUGAAUAUCUAUAGACCAUAAUAUUUCCCCACUACAAAUUGUGUACAGUAUGUUACCGUUAAAAGUGAAAAUGAAGUAAUAAUUGUUUGAGAAUGUAACAUAAAUGGGUCCUGCUACCGAGAAGGUAGAUCUUAGCACAACACAAUCCGAUCUCAUGGUGUUACAAGAAAAAGGAUUUAUAUUGGAGAAAAUGGUCGGAGAAGGUUCAUAUGCUAAGGUUUACAAAGCGACACAUAUGGUAGACGAGACUCGGCACGCUAUAAUGGCUUGUAAAGUGAUAGACACAGCACAAGCCCCUCGUGACUACCUCACUAAAUUCUUACCACGCGAAUUAGAUGUUCUGAUAAGAAUCAACCACCCUCACAUAGUGCAUGUGUCCAAUAUAUUUCAACGGCGCGCUAAAUACUUCAUUUUUCUACGUUUCGCAGAAAACGGCGAUUUGCUAGAUUUUUUGACACAAAACGGCGCAGUGCCAGAGAAUCAGAGCAGGCUAUGGAUGCGGCAAAUUUUGUCGGGAAUUAACUACAUACACACUAUGAACAUUGCACAUAGAGAUCUGAAAUGUGAAAAUAUAUUAAUAACAUCGAAUUAUAACGUGAAGAUUACUGACUUCGGUUUUGCCCGUAACGUGCGGUCCAAAGAUCGCGACAUUUUGAGCGAGACGUAUUGUGGUUCUUUGUCCUACGCAGCCCCCGAAGUUUUGAAGGGUGUGCCCUACUUACCCAAAUUUGCGGAUAUGUGGUCCCUCGGCAUCAUUCUGUACACGAUGCUUAAUAAAGCACUGCCGUUUAAUGAGACGUCUGUCAAGAAGCUUUAUGAGAAGCAGGUGAUGCGUAAGUGGCGUUUUCGUACAAGUGUAGUCAACCAACUGUCGUCGGAAUGCAAACACCAAGUAACUCAGCUGAUGGAGCCUGAUCCCAAAAGCCGACCGAGCGCUGGAAGCAUCUUUAACGGGCCCUGGAUUGGGAUGGACCCGAGACUUGCUAAGUUAACAUUUUUAGAAGAAUCCUUGCUUAAACAAGCACAGGAGGAGGCACAAAAGAGAGAACGUGAAGCGGAAGAAGAAAGUGAGGUCGAAAGAAUAGCAGAGUUACGUCGCAAAGGACGUGGUAAAGAGGGCUUAAAAGUAUUGAAAAACUCUGAAGCACUCUAUGACAAAUCACAACAAUUAUUUGAAAAUAAAGAAUAUUAAAAAAAAAAUGAAAAUCA